AUGAGGAGUGUAAAAAGAAGAGAUAGCAAGGAGAAGAAAAUUUUCUUCAGUCGUAUGGAUGACGAUGAAUGCGAUGAAGAAGCGAUACCGAGCCGGAGGAACGCUGUCGCCGACGGGGGUCCCACUCGUUCUUAUUUUCUUAAACUCUUAAAUUCUCGAGAUCACGAAAAAAAUAAUCAAUUAAGUGAAGAGAUUUUUUUAGCGAAAGGUAAACGACCGAGCAGAUUUUUUCUCGCUACCGGUGAAAAUGAAUUCUCUAUUGAUCCUUCCUCCGGAGUACUCAGAACUCGGAUACCUUUCGAUCGUGAGACACGUGAUAAAUAUGUCCUUAGUGUGGGGAUCAGGAAUAAUGUCGGGAUUGGAUAUUGUCAAGUGGAACUGACAGUGGAGGACGUAAAUGACAACCCACCAGGUUUCCCAAGCACCAGCGUCCGUAUAUCAGUUCCCGAGUCACACCCACUGCGUACGGCAUUGUACGUAGCCCACGCCUGGGACCCCGAUACGAGUCCUCCAGCAGCAGUUUCUUACCAGCUCGGACAGAACAGCAACGAUCUCUUUGGAAUCGACAGCCAGACCGGGGAACUCUACCUGUCCCGUCGGCUGGACUACGAGACCCAGCAGCGGCACAAUUUGAUGAUCAGCGCCGUAGACGGAGCGGGUCUCUCCGCCAACAUAACUCUCAGCGUAGAGGUCCAGGACGUGAAUGACAACCCCCCGGUGUUCGAGAGGAAUGAGUAUCACGUGGAGAUUCCCGAAGGCGCCAAACUCGAUUCCCAGGUUCUCCAAGUGACGGCACUGGACUUGGACACCGGUAAUAAUGCGAGGAUAAGUUACCGUCUCCAAGGAUCUACUUUGUUCCGCAUAAGUCCCAACACAGGAUGGAUUUACCUCCGUCAGCCCUUGGAUCGAGAGACAACCGAUCACUACUCGUUGACGGUCCUGGCCACAGACAACGGGAGUCCUGCUGCUACUGCCAGCUCCAUGGUCCAGGUCACCGUGCUCGAUGACAAUGACAACAGUCCGCACUUUGUCAAGGACUUCUACACCUUCGAACUUCUAGAGAAUCUUCCCUCGGGGACUGUCGUCGGUACCAUCCGUGCGGUGGAUCCUGAUUUGGGCAGAAACGCCCAAAUUAGGUACACUGUUGUCCAGCACAAUAGCAGCUUCGCUAUUGAUCCAGAUACUGGGGAAAUAAUAACACGUGAACCUUUGGAUCGUGAGACCAAGAGCAUCCAUGAGCUGGUGCUGGAAGCUAGAGACCAAGGAACGCCAUCUAGAGCGGCCAGGGUGCCGCUCAGAGUCACUGUGCUGGAUGUCAAUGAUAAUUCCCCCGAAAUAGUGGAUCCUCAAGGGGAUGUUGUCAGUGUGAGGGAAGAACAGCCACCUGGGACUGAAGUUGCACGUGUGAGGGCUCUAGAUUCGGAUUUGGGGGAAAAUGCUACUAUUACUUACAGUAUUCUAAAAGACCGCGACUCCGACGGCUACAACGUGUUCACAAUCGACCCAAUAACCGGGAUGAUCCGUACAAAAUCCGUCUUAGACCACGAAGAGCGCGACGUCUACCGGGUAUCCGUAAAAGCAAGCGAUGCGGGUCGUCCCCCGCGUCACAGCAUCCGGGCCCUGCGAGUAGAAGUCCUAGCGUUAGCAGACAACCGGCCAACAUUUACCAGCAGCAGCUUGACCUUCCACGUGAGAGAGGACGCGAGUAUCGGUCAGUCCAUCGGGUCAGUCUCCGGAGCGGGUCCAGCUGGCCGGGUGGCCUAUACAUUGGACUCUUUAGCUCCAGUGACGAACACUCCGGCCUUUGACGUUGACCGGAGCUCCGGGCAGCUGGUGGUUGCUCAUUCUCUUGACCGCGAGAACGUCAGCGAGUAUCAUUUAAAAAUUCGCGCCCUGGACACUACUUCAAUAGGAAAUCCUCAAAGCAUUGCGGUCUCUGUUAAGAUUGUGAUUGACGACGCCAAUGACAACGCUCCUAGAUGGCCGCUGGACCCGAUCUACAUCCGGGUCUCGGAAGCGGCCGCUCUGGGUACUAUUAUUUAUAAUUUGACGGCCACUGACCUGGACAGCGGAAUGAAUGGUGAUCUUCGCUAUGAUCUGGUCAGCGAGUUUCCCGGGAGUGGAAGUUUUGCUGUGGAUUCACUCACUGGCGCUCUCAGCCUCGUCAAGCCUCUGGAUCGCGAGGAAAAAACUGAGUACAUGUUAUUUUUACGCGCUACCGAUCGCGCUCCUCUUGCUGAUCGCCUUUCGUCCACUGUCACCGCUAAAAUUAUUGUAUUGGACCAGAAUGAUAAUGAUCCCGUAUUCGUCGCACCUGAGGUCAAUAAAAUUACUGUUACUACUGAUUUAUUACCAGGAACAACCAUCGUGAGAGUAAUAGCAGUAGACAAAGACACAGACAACAAUGGCCGAGUAUCCUACGUAAUAGUCUCAGGAAACGAAGAGUCAAGAUUUUCCCUGGGCUACGAUUCGGGUCUUCUAACCCUAAUGAAGCCAAUAGCCCGAGACACGGUUCUGCAAGUGGCAGCGAACGACCACGGAUUGCCACCUAGGCGCGCAGUGAUGAACCUGACAGUAGCGAUCGCCGUGGGACAAAGCAGAGGACCUCCGCGACUGCUUUUGCCAAACCCAGUGGCCACCGUCUCGGAAAAUCUGGCCGUCGGCGGGUUUAUUAUCAAUGUCGUUGGAUCAGCUCUCGGCGAACAAGUUAAUGUUACUUUCGAUAUUCCAACGGGCAUCGCUGACGACAAAUUCACUAUUUCUUCCACGGGAGUCGUCUCAUUGGCAGCUCCGCUGGAUCGCGAGAAAAAAGAUCGGUACUCUAUUCCGAUCCUCGCUAAGUCUACUAAGCUCCUGGAUCUCACCACUUUGGAAGUUAAUGUUCAGGAUGAGAAUGACAAUGCUCCGGAAUUUCGCCCUGGCUCUUGUUACACUCUUGCUGUUCCGGAAAAUCAAGAUGAUGCUGUUAUUCACACUGUUGCUGCUGUUGAUAAUGAUGAGGGUGUUAAUGGAGAAAUUACUUACAGUAUUAUUGCAUUCAAUCUCGACCGGGAAACAGUAGCGCGGUACAACCUCGCGAUAUCCGCUAAAGACAAAGGACGACCCAGCCUGGAAACCCGUUGCAACAUCACCGUAAUCGUAAUCGACGUGAAUGACAACUCUCCGAUGUUCCUGAGGGAGCAAUACCGGCCCUCCAAGGAGUUCUUCCCCCAGACUCCCCAGUACCAGUUCGCAAACUCGUACCCUCACUACAUAGCCGACAAAUACGUAACCUCGAUAUCUGAAGACACGGCUCCGGAUUCCUCGAUUCUCAGUGUUCGAGCCACCGAUCCUGAUCAGGGGAUCAAUGGAAAGAUAACCUACAGCCCAAAAGGGUUAGAAAUAACGAAGAGAGGUAUGAGGAACAACAAAAAGAUCGACCGCCGGCCAUUAUUUCACGGAGGCGACAACCGUGUGUCAUUUCACCGUGACACCCCGUGGCAUUUGAAUGCAUUAUUUCACCCGGGAAAAAAUCCUCCGAUAUGCAAAAACGCAAUCCGACAUCGUUCUCCAUCCGGCGAAGGCGAAGGCGAAGGCAAAGGCAACCUAAACCAGUCUCUUCAGCAACUAGCGUUGGAUCGUGAGCGGCAGAGUAGCUACAGCUUCCUGGUGAUAGCAACCGAUAGCGGAAGCUAUGACGCGAAAAGUACAUCAAUACCCAUCGAGAUAAAUUUAACAGACGUUAAUGACAAUGCACCUGCGUUCACCGAGACGCCGUUCAAAGCGAGCGUGCCCGUAACGACCCAGCCGGGGCACACAAUCCUCCAAGUGCAAGCCUCAGACCCCGACAUAGGAGCCAAUGGCGAGGUCUCCUACGCCUUUUCGAGCGACGUCGAGACCUCCAAGUCCAAGUUCCGCAUUCACCCGACCACCGGGGUCCUCACCGCGAUCGCUUCCUUGACCCAGGACUACGGCAAGACCUUCCACCUCCAAAUAGUCACCAGAGACAAAGGCACGCCGCCUAAAACCACUCAAGGCUUGAUCGAGCUCAGAGUUGGAGAUCCUGAUGACGUUGUUCCAAUGUUGAAGUUCCAGAAUGAGUCCUACCAGGUCGACGUUCAGGAAAACUCGGCUGCUGGCACGGAAAUUCUACAAGUCACUGCCGUGCGUACUGAUGGCCGGCGGCAGCAUGUGGCUUAUUCAAUCGCUUCUGGAAAUUAUUUUGAUACUUUUGUCAUUGAUCGCGAUACUGGUAUGCUCAAAAUUAAUGACCCGGCGAAGCUAGAUGCUGAAUUGUGGAUUGAUUCUUCAGAAAGUCAGUCCAGUAGAGUCUUAACUUUGGUCGCUAAGACUACUGGAUCAGAGCCUUUGGAGGCAUAUGCUAAAUUAGUUGUUGAAAUAUCUGAUGUCAAUGAUAAUGCGCCCAUUUUUACUCAGACUCAAUAUUCGGCUACUGUUCUAGAAGGAAAUGCUAAAGGAACUUUUGUUGUUAAAGUAAGUUUUCAUCAAAGUUUUUUUUUUAUUAAUAAAUUUAUUAAAUUUUUUAUUUUCAUAAUUAAGUUAUCAGCAAGCGACGCAGACCAAGAUAUAAACGGCAAAAUCCUGUACCACAUAGUAGACGGCAACCCUGACAAUGCUUUCACCAUAAGUCCACCUUACAGCGGAAUAGUGCGAACCAACAUAGUCCUGGACCGCGAGAUCCGCGAGAAGUACCGGCUCACAAUAAUAGCAACUGACCAAGGCAACCCCCAAUUGACCGGAACAGCGGCUCUGAGUGUCCGGGUGAUCGACAUCAAUGACAACCAGCCCACUUUUCCUGGGCACAAAGUAAUUCCAGUUCCUGAA